AGACAACAACACAGAAGGGACAUGACUUUCAUUUACUCUAAAAACGGAAGAAACCGGACUGCAAGUGAAUUGCGUGGCUCAACCUAUCGCACGGUGCACUUUAUAAAGCCUUGAUUCAGAGUGACGAUUGGUGAUCAAUAGUGCAAUUGAUGGUUUUUUCACGGUGUCUGGUUCCGUUCAUAAGGGUUUUGCCUGAAAACACAGCCCGAACGUGUCUGCGUGUAUUCAUCAAUGGAAUCAGAGGUCUUUCCGAGGACACAGAUUCCGUCAUCGCAAUAGUUUACGUUGAUGUCAAUGAGUAUCCUCACGACUCCAAUUUGACCAUUUCCAUCCUGCUUGAUGUGCUGCUAAUGCACCACCGCAUCUUUAAACCCAAACUCCAUCUACAAAUGGACAAUUGUUGGAGGGAGAACAAGAAUCGCUACAUUCUUUCAUUCUUGUUCUUCCUUGUGCAUAUAGAUGUUUUUGAAGAGGUAUCUCUGAACUUCUUACCAGUUGGUCAUACGCAUGAGGAUGUUGAUCAGAUGUUCAGAUGUAUCAAUACAGCCAUUUCUUCCUGCGGCAAUAUCAAUACUCUGGAUGAAUUCAUGGAUAGACUAACGGACAAAGACACAUUCUCGCCUAAGAUUGAAGUACAUAAUGUACAAAGUGUGUUCAACUGGCGUGACCACAUAAUUCCAUUCUUGCCAAUCCAAGCCACACCAGUUCCAAUUCAGGAAAGUAGAUGGGCAGGCAAGGAUGCGCUAUCGCCUGUGGGCUGAUGACCCGUGGAGCCCUGAGGGACCAGGCAUGACAUGCCUUGAGCCGAGUCCAGGCCCUUGGAGGUCC